AUGGACCUCGCCUCGCCCUACCAGCACGACGACCUGGCGACCAGCAAUGGCUUCAUCGGCUCGCCCAAAGGCCCCUUGUCCCCGAGCUCGCCCUACUCGCCCGGGAUGCGCGGCUCGCUCAGUCGCCAGAACACGACCGACUCCGACACGUUCGACAAGGGCGCCAAUGGCCAGAUCCCCAUGCAGGACUUCAACGAGGGGCUGCCUCCGCCGCCGCCCGUCUCUCACUCGUGGAGGCGCAUUGACCGCUGGGUCGAGGAUCAUUACGAGGAGCUCUUUGACAAUGUCUGCGAGGGCUGCACGGCAAACGAUGUGAAUGAGCUGGAGCACGAGCUCGAUGCCACUCUGCCCAUGGAUGUACGCGAGUCGUUGCAAAUUCACGAUGGCCAGGAGCGCGGCGGUCUCCCGACCGGUCUCCUCUUUGGCAUGAUGUUGCUCGACUGCGAGGAAAUCGUCAUGGAGUGGAGGAACUGGCGCAAGGUUGCCGAGGAAUACCUCACCACCAAGGUCGACUAUUCGUCCCCGCAGAUUCCAGUCAAGGCCUUUGCUGGCUCGUCCACGGCGCCUCCGAUCGCACAGCCUCAGACAUCAGGCAACCCUCUCUGGCGACAGGACCUGCUAGCCCGCCAAGACUCGCAACCGCCAGGUGCCGUUCAGAAGGCCUACGCCCACCCAGCUUGGAUUCCUUUGGCACGCGAUUGGGGAGGCAACUAUCUCGCUACCGAUCUCGCGCCCGGCCCCACGGGCACAUGGGGACAAAUCAUCAUUUUCGGUCGCGACUACGACUGCAAAUACGUUGUCGCGCGAUCCUGGGCUGCCAUGCUUGCCAUGAUUGCAGAUGACUUCAACUCGAACAACGUGCACAUGGACGAGGACACUGGUGAGCUCAAGCUUCUGGCUUUCAAGCGUCAGAAUGUCGAGCCCCCUUACCUCGAGAUCCUUCGCUGGCGAUGCGAUCAGAAGCACGGCCGCAGACCUCCGGCGAGGAGACGUCCCAACAGCGGCUUGCGCGUCAACCCCAAUGCGCCUGGAAUGGUGGUUCCUAGCAGCACAGCCAGCAGUCCAUACCACAGCCCCGUCAUCACUCCCGAAGAUCGCGGCCGUAGUCCUCACCGAUUGUCAACCAAAUCCAAGGGCAUCAGCCCCCGAGGCAAGCUCUCGAGUCCACUAGCCCGAGUGGCAGAAGAGACACCGCAGCCGAUCCGCGUACACACGGACCUUGAUUCAAAGGCCAGCGUCCCGGCUGAAAAGCUCAUUCCUGUCGAGACCCCACGGCCCAGCGACGACCUGGCACCAGCGAGAGCCAGCCUAAGUAGCGAUAAGGAGAACGCCAAGGAGAAUGUCAAGGAAACCGCAAAGGAGGACACAAAAGAGAAGGUCAAGUCGCCAUCUUCCUUGAAGAACGCCGUGGCCGAGAGCGAGGAGCUCAAAACAGUGGAGAUAUAG